AUGAGUAUUCCAGGAGCAGCAGCAGCUGCUAUACGGAGAACAAAGGUUGCAGGCUCCCUUUGCUUCUGGCAAACCACUCGAGAAAGGUUGGAUAGUUUUGAUCAGAGGGAUCCUGCUAGUCGCCAUUACGAUGUCAUUGUCCUGGGUUCUGGCGCCGCUGGUCUUACCACAGCUGUCGUUGCAGCUAGAUCUGGGCUGAAAGUUCUCGUCCUCGAAAAGUCAAAGUAUUUUGGGGGCACGACGGCGUAUUCCUUAGGAGGUCUAUGGGUUCCGGGAAAUAAACAUCAACCUAGCAUGGGUGUUAGUGACAGCAAAGAUGCUGCGAAAACAUACCUCCGCAACGUUCUGGGACCCGCAAACUACGCAAGCGCCGAAAAGAACCUCAAUGCUUACCUGGACGCCGGGCCAAAAAUGCUUGAAUGGAUUGAAGACAAUACUGCUAUACAGUAUCUAUCAGCCCCUCUACCGGAUUACAGGGAACAUCUUGAGGGCGCCUCUACGGGUCGGACAAUUGGGGCCUGCCCCUUUAAUGGGAGACUUCUAGGUCAGGAACUACGUCAUGUCCGCUACACUUUGCAAGGAUUUAAGGCAUUCGGGAACUUGCAAGUGAGCCCGUUUGAGAUAGACAUCUUGACAAAUCCCUUCGGAUCCUUCUCGAACUUUGUGCAUACAAUCAAAAAGGGGGUCGGUUGGAUCUCGGAUGUUGUGGUCUAUGGCAAGGGCUCCUUAAUGGUAGGUGGCAAUGCCCUCGUUGGAGGACUACUUCAUUCGGCCAUAAUUUCAGGUGUGACCCUGGAGACUGAGGCUACCACCGAUCUACUCCUUGAGAAUGGUCGAGUCGUCGGUGUCACCACCUCGGGAAAGUUUGGGAAAGAUGUUCAAAUCAGAGCUUCAAGAGGUGUUGUUCUCGCUACUGGUGGAUUUGGUAGAUCUCCAGAAGGUAAAGAAUUUGUGCCACAGGAAUGGACUCCUGUCCCCAAAUCGAACGUUGGGGAUGGAAUCAAGCUUGGUCUCAAAGCUGGAGGAUAUCUGCCCCCACCAAAUGCCGAUAAUGCCAUCUAUUGCCCGAUAUCCGUUCUCCAGUACGACGAAAGUCACACGCGAUGCCUUCCACACUUUUCCGGUGACCGUUGCAAACCAGGAACCGUCAUAGUGGACAGUAACGGAAAGCGAUUUGAGAAUGAGUCUACAAACUACCAAGAUUUUGUCGAAACAAUGCAAGCCCGCGGCAUCACCAAAUCCUACUAUAUUGCUGACGCUGAUCAUCUUCGCAAUUAUGGGAUGGGCAUGGCUCUUCCGUGGCCAUAUUGGAAUUUCAAUGUGAUGAAGAGGGGCUACCUGAUCAAAGCACCAACGAUCCCUGCUUUGGCUGAUAAGCUGGGCAUUCCAAAGGAGAACCUGAUGUCCACCGUGGAGAACAUGAAUAUAUAUGCCCAAACAGGCCACGAUCCUGAAUUUCACCGCGGCGAGAGUACCUACGAUCAAUUCUACGGCGAUCCGACUGUGAAACCAAAUUCCAGCCUGGGACCAAUCAAAAAGGGACCAUUCUAUGCUCUUCCACUCUACCCUGGCAACGUUAGUGUGAUGUAUGGGUUAUCAACAAACGAAAAUGGGCAGCUCCUGGCAAAGGACGGUAAAGCGAUUGAGGGCAUCUACGCAGUUGGCUGCGACAAUAACAGCAUUAUGAGGGGUACCUACCCAGGUGGAGGAAGCAGUAUUGGGCCGGCGAUGACCUUUGGAUAUCUUGCUGGUCUUCACCUUGCUAGUCAGAAAGCAUCCUCAUAA